GAAGGCAUGGCAGGCAGACAACUCCACCCCCUCCACUCCCGCACACUCACUGUUGAGAAAUCUGUUGAGAAUCUCAUCGGCGAGGCUCAUCCCAAAGCCUGUUCCUCCGCUCCGACACCGAACGGCAACGCAAGGGUUUAAACUUGUGACACAUCCCCGACUUCUGAGUGUGCCGUUUCAGCUGAGAAGUGCUUCUCCUGUCUUCCAUCAGCAGGAAGAGAAGACAGACUGUGAACAAACCUCAUCAUGAACUGGGCAUUCCUCCAGGGCCUCCUCAGUGGAGUGAAUAAGUACUCCACUGCCUUUGGCCGAGUGUGGCUUUCAAUUGUGUUCCUCUUCAGGGUCAUGGUGUUUGUGGUGGCAGCAGAGAAGGUAUGGGGUGAUGAACAAAAGGACUUCAAAUGCAACACAGCUCAGCCUGGGUGCCACAAUGUCUGUUAUGACCACUUCUUCCCAGUGUCCCAUGUCCGGCUGUGGGCUCUGCAGCUUAUCUUUGUCACCUGCCCGUCUCUCCUGGUGACGAUGCAUGUGGCCUACAGGGAAGACAGGGAACGUAAAAACCGACUCAAGUACGGAGAGCACUGCCACCGUCUUUACCUGAACACUGGCAAGAAACGUGGAGGUCUUUGGUGGACGUAUGUCCUCACUCUGGUCUUCAAAAUAGCUGUGGACACCACCUUUGUCUACCUCCUCUAUCACAUCUAUGAGGGUUAUGACUUCCCCUCACUCAUUAAGUGUGAACAGAAGCCCUGUCCCAACAAGGUGGACUGCUUCAUUGCUCGCCCAACUGAGAAAAGAAUCUUCACCCUCUUCAUGGUUAUUACCAGCCUGGUUUGCAUCCUCCUCUCCAUUUUCGAAAUUGUCUACCUGGUGGGUAAACGCUGCCGUGAAUGUUUUUCCUCCGUCAACAAUUCUCACCACACCAUGACCAACACGCUGUCCAGUGGGAGCAACUUGAUGGAGUCGAACACUCUCAAGCUUACAGGCAAAAAAACACCCCAAACGCCAGCUCCUUCAUACAGUGUGGCCAUAUCUUGAAGAUAGUGAGAAUAAAGACUCAAUUGUAAACAAAGACAUGGAUGAGGAAAUGUGCCUUACCUCAAUCUACAGGCACUUCCUUCAAAGACUUGUCAGCAGACAUUUUUCUGCUGAGAAACUGAAUACAGUCAAGGUAGUUCCUUACUGUUUCUGUGUACUCUGUCAGACUGUUUGUAAUUCUGGACUGCAAGACAUGUCAUUGGAAUGUGCCCACUGUUGUGGGUUUGGGUCUGAGGAGAUUUUUACAGAUGAAAACUUGCCCAUGCAAAGAGAAAAAAGCAACUUUUUGUGAUGCAGUUUUGAAUUUAGCCUUGAUAGCAAUUACAUGAGUCACCCUGAGGUCUGGACACUGUGGUUUUACAAACACAUGUGGUUUUCUGUGUAAGAUUUUCCCCCUGCUCGGCACCCAACUUCCAGACUUUUACUCCAAACUGCACUCUGUAUUCACCCUGCACUCAUGUUCAUAUCAGACUCUUUGUUAUCUGUGUUCUAUACAUAAUUUAUCAAAAGGUAUACUAGACUGUGCUAUUGUGCAUGUUACUGUUUCAAAUGUUAAAUGUUACAAACUGUGUUCUGUAAACAGAGGAGCGUAAUGAAGUUGAAAUGUUAUGUCGUAAACAGAGUAAUGAUUUCAAUAUGUGCAUAUUUAGAGCUGAGACACGUUUGCAUAAUGUUCAUAUUUUUUCAUUAAAGAUAAUUUUUAUGUUUUAAAA